UGCUGGCAUUUACAUAUCUGUCAAAGUCGACUCGAGGAGGCGCUGGAAAUCGGUCACCAGUGUCUUAUCAUUUGAUCAAUCUGUAACAUGGGGGAGUACUGUAACUCUGUAAAAGUUCAUGUAGACUUUCUGACGCAAUGCGAGAUCUGAUCUUUGUUGUAUAGAUCAUCACAUGCCUCACCUGCGUUGUCAGUGGAUAUCAGGGCGUCCUUUGAGCGUGGUCGAAUGCUAGGCGGUGGAGAGAUCAUCGGGGAACUUGAAAUGUCGUGGGAUGAGUUACUCGAUCAUGGAGAUGAGCCAUUCGAUGUACCCUUCCCACCCAUAUAUGAUGACGAUGUCUGCCCUUCCCUCACUUUGAAGGCUGCCAUUGUAUAUGCUUGCGACGAUAAGGACGGCGCACUGUUUGAUUCCCUCAUAGACUGCGAGAUUGCUCGAGACACAGAUACGGGCCACGCACAAUUCGCCAAAUACAUGACGAGCAAGACGGUCUCUCACCUGAACAAUGCUGUACAGCAUUUUCAGUUGGUUCUGGACAAGUGUCCGGUGAGCCAUCCAGACCAUGCAACAGCUCUCACCAACCUCGCGUGGGCCCGCCUUAUAGGCUACAGCCGAGAUGGUCUUCAAGACAUCGAUGCCACCACUUCCCUCUUCCGUGACGCCCUUGCAUUGCGUCCGCAGCCCCAUCCCGAUCAUCCCUUAUCUCUAUAUGAUCUCAUCCUAGCGCUGACUUGGCGCCACAACAAGAAAAGUACUGUUGCCGACAUCCGCGAAUCCGCCCAACUCUAUCAUGAGGUACUGCCUCUCUGUACAGAGGGCACCUACCUUCGUAACAUCGCGGCAGGGGGAAAUGGUGUUGAUUAUGUGAUCGUUGAAUGCAUCAAUCUUCUAACAGACGCAUCUGAUGAAGGCAUCCACCUUCGAACAGUCGUCCUCGAGCUCUGUCCUCUGGGCCAUCGCCUUCGUCACAGAGCCUUCGACGAGCUUGCAGCAGCAGUCAGAGCACGUUUUGAUCAGCAUGGCAGUAUCGAUGAUCUUGACACGAGCAUACAGCUUUGUCGUGAAGCCGUAUCUCUGUGUUCCGAGGGACAUGAUGUCUACCUGAACAAUUUGGCUUACUCCCUCCAGUUGCGCUUCCAACACCAAGGCAACCCUAAUGACCUCGACGAGGCCAUCUCUCUGCAUGAAGAAGUGCUGUGCCUGCGCCCUGUUGGACACGAAUAUCGAGAUUCCUCAUUAGACAACCUAGGGGUAGUGUGGGGGGCAAAACUACUUGGAGUCAGUUUUGCUGGUUGCAACCGGCAGAACUCAGUUCUUUGAGAGCUGCAAAUUCGGCAGUAAUAUCCUCAGGUGAGAUACUCUCUGGACCAGCAAGCAGGUCAUCUGCGUCACGAGGUUCAGCCGACAGUGGAGGUGUCCA